AUGGCCUGCAUCCGCACUAGUUGUGGCACGGAUCUGCGUCUAUUCAUAGCCAGUACCUCCGUGACGAGACUGUCAGAAAUCGUCACUGAUUCGGAUGCGCUACAGGCUACAGUUCGCGGCCUUGUCGCUAAUGACGGCGCGUCGGCUGAGGAGAACUGGGACAAAGUGAAGGCCGCGCGCCUGGAUAGUCCCCCUGGUCAGCAGCAGCAGCAGGAUUUCCGAGAGGUUGACCUCUCUCGCGUUCCGGGUCCUCACUCUGUGGCGAAGGUUGAGGCAAUUUUAACUUGCCUGACUUGA